AUGCAUUUUCUGCUCCUCUUGUUCUUGGGGUUGCUGCAAUUGGUUUCUGCAGCCAGAUCCGGCACCUAUUAUGCCGGUUGGCCUGUCGGUGAUAGUACAUGGAAGGCGACCGAUUUCGUCUUUCAGCGAGAGACUGGCAUCUCUAGGUAUCGCCUGUUCCAGGCUGACGGAAUUAUUUAUAAGUAUCAGCUCGAUUUUGAAGUCACCGAACGACAAGGCGAAUACGCAAGUACCUACGUGUUUUUUGACUCAGAAGGAGACGAGUAUUACAAGGUGGUCUUUGUCACCGGCACUCAUACCCUCAACUUUAAUAGUGGGGACCCUUAUAUUCAGCAGGUCAAGGUGGUCGAAGAUUAG